GUGUCAUAUCGAUUGAUUAUCGAUUGUAUAAACAAAAAGCCCUUGAAGAGACGUAAGUUUCACAAUCGAGGAAAAAUCCCGUCAAAAAUGGUCUUCCUUUACGUUUUGCUGGCUAUUCCCGUUAUUUUGCUGGUUUUAAUAUUCCUCAGUGACUGUGAUUUCACGUUAAAGUUUUGCGAGAAGUUUGGCGCUUCUCCCAAGAGUCAGUUUUAUGGCCGUGUUGCUUGGAUCACAGGAGCUUCUAGUGGAAUCGGGGAAAAUCUUGCCUAUGAACUUGUGAAAUGUGGCUGUAAGUUGGUUCUCUCGGCUAGAAGGAUGGAGGAAUUGGAGAGAGUGAAGAGAAAAUGUGGUGAAAUCGCCCAACCUCUUUACCCAUCGUAUAACAUAGACCAAGACAUUCUUGUUCUUCCCAUGGAUGUUACAGAAUUUGAAAAACAUGAGGAACACACAGAUACUGUUUUAAAUCAUUUUCACAAAAUUGACAUUCUAGUAAAUAACAGUGGGAGAAGUCAGAGAGGAUUGGUGAUUGACACCCCAGGUAUUGCAGUAGAGGAAGCCAUGCUAAAGUUGAAUACCCUUGCAGUGAUAUCAUUAACAAAAGCAGUGUUGCCACACAUGGUGAAAAGAAAGAGUGGCCAUAUUGUCGUUACAAGCAGUGCUGCUGGAAAAGUCGGUGCACCAAUGUCUGCCUCAUAUUGUGCGACAAAGUUUGCUCUGCAGGGAUAUUUUAGUGGUUUGAGGUUAGAAAUCUUUGAUUCAAAUAUCAAUGUCACACUGGUUUGCCCUGGUCCAAUUUCAACUAACAUCAGAGGAAAUGCCUUUACUGAAGAUGUGAAUGUGAAAGUCAAAGACAAGACAGAGCCUGCAACUGGGGACAAAAGAAUGGAUGCUAGCAAAUGUGCUCACUUGAUCGUAGUUGGCAUGGCAAAUAAGUUGGAUGAGUUGUGGAUUUCACCCAAUCCCGUUCUGUUCUUUCUUUAUGCAAACCAGUAUAUUCCAUCUGUUACCACCUGGGUUGCUAAGAGGUUAGGACUCAAGCAAAUACAGAAGAUGAGAGAAAUGUCUGAUAUUAAGCCAAAAGAAAAGAAAACUUAAAUGUGGACAUCUGUGAAAAAAUCCUUUUGUAGCUUGAAAGAAUUGUUAUUGCUGUACUUUAUGUUAGUUAAACCAAGAGUCCAUACUUGAUCAUAAAACCUCAAAUCAAACCAGUGUGUUACCCUUGAAAAAGAAUCAAAAUGUCACCUAGUAAAAUUAAUAAAGCAUUCCAUCCAUAUUCAAGUAGUGUCAUGACCGUGUUCGUGCCGUGAACUUUUCACAGUCAUACGAAAACCGGGCCAUGAAAGUUAAACUAAAAGUCCAUACUUGAUCAUGAAACCUCUAGUCAAACCAGAGUGUAUUACCACCUUGAAAAAGAAUUAAAAUGUCACCUAGUGAAAUCAAUAAAGCAUUUCAUCCAUA